AACACACACAAGAAAGAGUGAGCUUGGGAUGAAUUAAGUCGAAUUAAGUUAAAUGGGCCGAAACUUGGUGGCCCAUACAAGCCCACAAAGGAAGAGCGACUACUAUAGCUCUAAAACGAUUCCGCCGGCGCUCCCUGUCUCUUCCUCUUCAGUCGCUUUCCUUUACGACGUACGAAGAUAUUCCUUCGCUAUUUCAUUGCUUAGCCGUAAGCCUUUCUUCUUUACAAAGACAUGGGAAAAGCUUCUCGGGAUAAAAGGGAUAUUUACUAUCGGAAAGCGAAAGAAGAAGGAUGGCGUGCCAGAAGUGCCUUUAAGCUUCUUCAGAUUGAUGAGGAAUUCAACAUUUUUCAAGGAGUAAAGAGGGUUGUAGAUUUAUGUGCUGCACCUGGUAGCUGGAGUCAAGUUCUGAGUCGGCAACUGUAUCUUCCUGCAAAGUAUUCGGCUGAGUCAAAAGAAGAAGAUCUUCCUCUUAUAGUGGCCAUAGAUUUGCAGCCUAUGGCUCCAAUUGAAGGUGUAAUCCAGGUUCAAGGAGACAUAACUAAUGCCCGGACUGCCGAAGUGGUCAUACGACAUUUUGACGGUUGCAAGGCUGACCUGGUUGUCUGUGAUGGUGCUCCAGAUGUUACUGGUUUGCAUGACAUGGAUGAAUUUGUCCAGUCCCAACUCAUAUUAGCGGGCUUAACGAUUGUAACACAUAUUCUUAAAGAAGGUGGCAAAUUUAUUGCAAAGAUAUUCCGUGGAAAAGAUACAAGUCUCUUGUACUGUCAGCUGAAGUUGUUUUUCCCAAGUGUAACUUUUGCGAAACCUAAAAGCAGUCGCAAUUCUAGUAUAGAGGCUUUUGCGGUCUGCGAAAAUUACUCCCCGCCAGAAGGAUUUAACCCGAGAGAUCUGCAUCGUCUCUUGGAGAAAGUCGGAAGCCCAUCAGGUGGAAGCGAUCUCGAUUGCAGCAGUGGUUGGCUAGAAGGACCCAACAAAGUUUAUAUUCCAUUCUUGGCAUGUGGUGACUUAAGCGGUUAUGACUCGGACCGGUCGUACCCACUCCCAAAAGAGGCAGAUGGAUCGUCAUACCGGAGUCUGGACCCGAUUCAGCCUCCGAUCGCACCGCCUUAUAAACGAGCUAUUGAGCUCAAGAAGGCUUCAGCACAGAGCUUCAACUCUUGAAGCUAGCUAGGUAUUAAUAAUAAUACCAAAAAAAAAGGAAGCUUUCCAUUCGAUUCUUAAAAGGCUGUAGUACAAUUUCUGAAACGCUUAUUGUUGGUCUGUUAUGAAAAAAUUAUGAUGAUCUGUUCUUGUUUUGCCAAGAGUUUGUCUUUUUAAAAAGCAAAAGCACUUAGAAACAUUGCUCUAUGUACCGAAAAUAUGAAGACAUUACGUUAUAACCAAGAGUAAGCAAAACAUAAGACGAUUUGAGUGAAAGAAAAC